AUGGCCAAGGACUUGGAGGCACUGCUUGUGACGUCGUCGUCGUCGUCGUCGUCGUCGUCGUCGUCGUCGUCGUCGUCGUCGUCGUCGUCGUCGUCGUCGUCGUCGUCGUCGUCGUCGUCGUCGUCGUCGUCGUCGUCGUCGUCGUCGUCGUCGUCGUCGUCGUCGUCGUCGUCGUCGUCGUCGUCGUCGUCGUCGUCGUCGUCGUCGUCGUCGUCGUCGUCGUCGUCGUCGUCGUCGUCGUCGUCGUCGUCGUCGUCGUCGUCGUCGUCGUCGUCGUCGUCGUCGUCGUCGUCGUCGUCGUCGUCGUCGUCGUCGUCGUCGUCGUCGUCGUCGUCGUCGUCGUCGUCGUCGUCGUCGUCGUCGUCGUCGUCGUCGUCGUCGUCGUCGUCGUCGUCGUCGUCGUCGUCGUCGUCGUCGUCGUCGUCGUCGUCGUCGUCGUCGUCGUCGUCGUCGUCGUCGUCGUCGUCGUCGUCGUCGUCGUCGUCGUCGUCGUCGUCGUCGUCGUCGUCGUCGUCGUCGUCGUCGUCGUCGUCGUCGUCGUCGUCGUCGUCGUCGUCGUCGUCGUCGUCGUCGUCGUCGUCGUCGUCGUCGUCGUCGUCGUCGUCGUCGUCGUCGUCGUCGUCGUCGUCGUCGUCGUCGUCGUCGUCGUCGUCGUCGUCGUCGUCGUCGUCGUCGUCGUCGUCGUCGUCGUCGUCGUCGUCGUCG